UCCAAGGGGUCAAUUAGCAUAAUCACUAAGUUUUUGAUCUAUAAAUUGAAGUUCCGUGUGGCCGGCAUGUUCUCUCACACUCACAAGCCUUUUUGUCAGAAACGGUGACUCCGGAGAGAGAGAGAGAGAGAGAGGAGCUCAAUCUAGACUUUUCUCUCUCGGGUGGUUUUCAAUUUUCUGUGCAGUUGCAGUGAAAAAAUGGCUUCAGAUCCGAAAGUUCACCUGUUUGAAGAGGUCGCUAAGCACAACAAAACCAAAGAUUGCUGGCUAAUUAUAGCUGGAAAGGUGUAUGAUGUCACUCCAUUCAUGGAUGAUCAUCCCGGAGGUGAUGAAGUUUUGCUAUCUGCAACUGGAAAAGAUGCAACGAACGAUUUUGAAGACGUUGGCCACAGCGAUUCUGCUAGAGAAAUGAUGGAAAAGUAUUACAUUGGCGAAAUAGAUACAUCAACUGUUCCCUUGAAGCGCACAUUCAUUCCGCCUCAGCAAACCCCCUACAAUCAAGACAAGACCCCUCAGUUCGUGAUCAAGAUUUUGCAGUUCCUGGUACCAAUCUUCAUCUUGGGCUUGGCAUUUGCUGUUCGGAGCUACACCAAGGAGAAAUAGUCAGUUACUGUCAAUCUUGUGCUCUCUUGCCGGGUUAGAGAGCAAUUCACUCGAUUUGUCUGAGUUUCUUUUUAAUGGUCCUUUUUGGUACAAACUUGUUUGAGUUUCGUUAUAGGUUGGGCAUGCUACUAUAAUUAAGAAUCCGUUCAUAGAAGUCAAAAAAUUGGUUCUGGAGUGUCUUUUUGUCAACUGACAUGCAGUAAUUGACUUGAUUUCUGUCUUUUGUUUAUUUGUUUUUGUUUUUUGAAAAUUGAAAACGAAAACUUGUUUGGA